GCCGCACAUUCAUCUGUCAUAAAAACCAACACACAGUGCUAGAUACACAUUGUGCGAUUGAUAAACAUUGAAGUGAAAAAGCAAAGCCAGCAAACAAUUAUUUUUCGUGCAUGUUUAUUGUUGACAUAUCAUUCGUUGAAUCAGCGACAAAUUGUUUAUAAGAUUUGAUAAAUUGGCUGGUGCUGAAUCUGUCGAACAAAAAGAAACAAUGUACAUGAAGUGAUAUUGUUUGUUCCUUUCAUUGGGUUUUAGUUGUGCCAAAAGCAAAAAUUGUUUGAGUGGCAGCAACUAAUUUGUGUAUGGAGAGUCAUCACGGAGACGAUCUGACAAUAAAUCCAAUAAAAAGUUGAACCAGAGUGAGUGACUUUUGAACUCAAAAAUUCUCUUUGUCACACAAUAUAGUUACCGUGGACAUAGUUGCCAAAGGCAAUUUUCCUGCUCGAAAUGAGUGUGACGGACGAACUACAACAGUAUUUAUCGCAUGUGGAACGGGCGACGCAUGCAUCAUUACGGAGGAUUCAAAGAGCUCUUGAACAAUCCGGAUUGAACUUUGACAAAGAAUUCGUCCAUCGUUUCCAACGCUUUGCAACAAAUCGCAUUUAUGAAGCGUACGACAGUUUUGAAGUUGAUGCCACACUUCGUGUUCAAAGCAAUGGUCCACAAGAGCGGAUGAAACGUGGCUACAAUGAAUCAGAGGAUGACAUCGAAAAGCGAAAGAAGGCCAGAUCAAAAAGUCCAUCAAGAGCCAGUAGUUCAAGUGAUUUCAUGGGAGUAGCUGGAUCGUCAAACGGGAAUGGGACACGGACUGGACAGAAGCAUGUGGGUACUGAAUCAGACGUAUCAUCAUUUGACAACAACGAUUUGGCGAUGAAUUGGCGCUGCAUGGAACGAAACGAAAUGUACACUUCAACGCCGAGGUCAAAGUCACAUUCAAUGCAUGGAUCCAUGGAAAAUAGCGAUGGAAUGGCACGUAUAAUCAAUGGAUAUGAACAAUCUGACAAAACCACAGCCAACGAACUGUCAGUGUACCAGAACCAAUGCGAUGAGCUUGAUCAAAACCGAAGCGUUGACUCGGGUGUCAAUUCGAAUGGUAAUCCGGCAUUUGGUUUCGAUGAUUCACCAAUACUACCGCAUGCACUGACAUUCACAUGUUUCCAUUGCGCAUCCGAAGCAAACACAAAUGUUGAAUGUUUCAAUCGCAUCGAAGCGGUCCACGCCCAUUGGAUCAAGUCACACUGGUCUCAGGAUGACGAACCGUUUAAAGUUUGCAUCAUCGAACGUGUCAAUUGUUACUAUUGCGAUGUUGGUGGCUCAUACCAGAAAGUGAUUGAGCAUCAAAAGAAAGACCAUGCCGAUAAACCUACAGUGAUUGCGGCUGGAAACAAGCAAACUUGUGCACUUUGUCCAUACGAAGGAUUGGCAUUGAUCGAACACUUUCCAACUGAACAUAAAAAUCUCUUGCAAACACAUAACCAUGCCGCGUUCUGCUUAACAGACGACAUGUUGAACUCGCUGCUACAAAUUCAUACUCGAAAGAUCAUUGGAAAAACGCUCAAAAUGGAGCGAAAUAUGGACGGCUACCACCACAUGUUUGAACACUUCAAAGCUAAAUCGACUACAAAGCUUGUCAUUUUCGACCAAAUCGAGUUUGCAAUCUGUGGCUGCCAGUCAAAGGUCAAUCCAGUUGACUACUUGAACCACAUCGAGAACCAUCGUCACGAUUUCCAUUGCUCGAAGUGCCAAUUCAAAGCCGAUAGCCUGAUUGAGUUGGUAACUCACGAUAGAAACCGCCAUCAAAUGAGUUCAUUGAAUUUUCGGUGCCUGGAAUUCGAGGAUCGUCUCCAGAAAAGUUACUUGAACACAAAACUGGUGUUCAAAAAUGGACUUGUCAUUGCUAUGAGCUGCUUGAUGAAUACCAAAUUCGAUAUUUUCGCACAACUAACCGAAUUUAUCGACAAGUUGGUGGCUGCCCAAAAAGAAGAGUACUUUCGCAAGAAUUCAGAUGAAUGUUCACAUUCAACUCAGUCUAUUCUCGAUAAACGUGAAGUCAAAGGUGGAAAGGAAAAUCAUCAUUUAACUGAAGUUGAACUCGCACUUAAAACGCAAGCAAAUUUCUGUAAUGGCGUCUUCGUCGUUGGCAUUCAUCGCGAAAAAGAUGAAAAUUUGCUAUCGUACGUAUUGAAACUGUGCAGAAUGAUUCAUGUCAAUGUGUCAGCAAAAGAUAUUGAAUCUGUUUCACGUCCACCCGGGCCAAAACCGUUUAUUUCGGUUCGAUUCACCAGCCAAAGCAUCAGAGACAAAGUAAUGGACGGCAAAUCAAAGAUAACAUUGUGGUCAAAAGACUUUAACAAGAACUCGCGAUUGUCGAAUGAAGUGAUCGUCGAUUGGAUGGUAGCAUAUUAUUUUAGAGAUUUGAAUCGGUUGGCAAGAGAAUCCGCAACAUACUCACAAUUGCAUGCCUAUCGCUGGACCGAACGUGGCCUUUUCGUUCAACGCACAAGCAAAAGCAAAGGAAAAUACGUUGUUGAUUCGACUGAAUUGCAAAACUACAUAAAAUGAAAGCAGUUUAAAUCAUUGGUAGUUUAAACAUCAGAAUGAUGGUCUACUCCAAUUGGAAGUGUCUGUUACAAAAACUGAUAUAUCACAUUGAUUUUGAAUUCCAUGCCAAUUCAAUACAAUUCCACAAUUGAUACGAAUAUUUAAUAAAAAAGAGUUAAAAUUUUAAUAAAAAAACAAAAACAGCUAAA